AUGGCGGCUACAACGACGCCGAAACAUCGGGAGUUUCAAAAUAUUAAUCACGCUAGCCUAUUUGCACCAUGCAAAGUAAGCGACUCGUCUUGUCUAGAGCAAACGGUAAAUGCUGCACUACCUCGGAUACUUACUGGUAUACCAGAACUCGGAGUGGACAGCGCUGAUCCUCUAUUCAAUGAUAUUAUUGAAGAAAAUUUGCCUAAAUUAAAAUUAAUACUGUUUAAUAGUACUGUUACUGGAUUUAAAGAUUGUAGACUAUCAAAUAUAACAUUCAACGAGGACAUGACAAGCGUGCGCUGCAACGCUUAUUGCCCUUCAUUUCAUCUACAUGGUCAAUACGAUAUUAGCGGACAGCUUAUCUUAUUGCCUAUUCAAGGAAAUGGAGAUUUUACAUUUCAUACAGGAUUAUUUCUUGUGACCGUUGAUACUCAACUAGAAAAAAUUAAAGGGAACGAUGGAAAAACUCAUUUUGUAAUAAAAAAAUUCAAAGUGGAUAGUGUACCAACAAAACCUAUUAUAUACGAAUUUACAAACUUGUUCAACGGUAAAAAAGAACAAGGUAGUAUCACUUCACCGUGCAAAAGAAAUGAUCUAAAGUGCUUUGAGAAUGGCUUAAAAACUAUAGUACUACAAGUAGUCAGAGGAAUACCAGAUUUCGGUAUUGAGAGCUCUGACCCUCAAUUCUUGGAAAAUAUUGAAGGAGUUUUAUCUGGCUUGAACUAUACAUUGUACAACAGCACUAUUUCUGGUUAUGCUAAAUGCAAAUUUAUAAAUUUAAAAUUUAGAGAAGAUUUCAGACACGUAUACUCUGAAGUAAACUGUCCUCAUCUAAGUAUAAGUGGCGACUACGAAAUAAGCGGACAACUCAUCUCAAUACCUGUGGAGGAAAAGGGGCAUUUUAAUGCGGAGUCAGAAUAUAAUUUAACAUCCGAGUAUAACACGGAAAUAAUUAAAAGCUCUGAUACAAAAAGUAAUUUACAUGUCAAAGAUUUCAAAGUUAAACCAGAACUGUUAAGUAUUAAAAUUCACUUUGGAAACCUAUCCAAUGGACAGAAGGACUUAGCAGACACCGUUCACAAAUUAUCUCAAGAGAAAUGGCAAGAAAUAACCGAGCUGCUCGAAAAUGCAGUCUGGAAUGCUUCCUUCCAAAAAAUGGUCAAUAAUGUGAACAAAUUCCUAGAAUAUUUUACUUUAGACGUUACUCCUUAA